CCCAGCAAUCAAACACUACAGUUUGGGGUAUUAUAAUUGAUCCUUUAUUUUAUGGUGGUCCCAUUGAGAUUUAAAAAUCUAUAACAAGGGAUAUCACCCGAAAACAUUGCCCCAGCAAUCAGACAUUACAGUAUUUGGGUAUUAUUACACCAGUAUUAUUAUCACCGGUAUUAUGUUUCAGUAUUAGGUGGUGGUAGUGUUGAUCCUAACGCCUCUAGGUAAGUUCAGCUGGGUUCAGUCACAUGCUCUGCCCGGUCUCUGCUUCAUGAUAAUUUAAGAUAAAACAAUGAAACUUAAGGUUAAUUUAAGAACCCAUACUUUUCCAUCAGUUCGUUUUUGAACCUUUGUAGACUUAAGGGGUGCUUUGAAGAACCCUUUUCAAAAGAGCGGUGCGUUUUGGAACCAGCAGCGUGCUCGUGAGUAAAGGGCGCUCGUGCGUAUAAUUCGAAUUGAGACGGUUGGUCAAAAAGAUGCACUGGAAGCGUGUGGAUGGUUGUAGACCCGACAGGUGAGAGACAACUGCAAAGGAUCGAUGAGAAAGGGUGGUGUGUCGGGAUGGAUUGCUCUGAUGGAGAAACUCAACCUCCACAAACGGGGGUCCCUGUUGUAUCCUGCCCCUUUCCAGUAAAGUUGUAGAGAGUGGGAGCUGUGAGCUGUGAUAGAGAUAUGUAUCAAAAUCCACAAACAGGUACCCUACUACCCGGCCAAUACAUGUGUGCACCGCUCUCAUUCAAAAGUACUCCUUGUUGAGAGAACAGACAGGGAAGGGAUAUGAGGAUGCGGCUAGGGCUGGGGCGCUAUCGGGUGGGGCCCAUGUGGCUCUGGAAGGCCCUGCUGGUGUUCGUGGCCAUCGCCUUCGCAGGACAGUUACUGGGGGUCAUUUUCAACAAAAGCCUCCAGCAGGACAGGUCGCGGUCGCUGUUCUCAUCCGACGGCCAGGGCCCGUCUCUGGGCUCCUGUCGGCCCCACAGCCACGUCAUGUUCCUGAAGACCCACAAGACAGCCAGCAGCACUGUUCUCAACAUGCUUUACCGAUACGGAGAGGAGAGGGAUCUGUGCUUCGCCCUGCCUCUGGGGUACCAGUUUGGCUACCCCCUCCCCUUCAAUGCACACAGGGUCAAAGGUUAUAGAGGGCCCCACGUGGCCGCGUUCAGCAUUAUGGGAAACCACAUGCGCUUCAACAAACCAGAGGUAGAGAAGGUGAUGCCAGUGGACACCUUCUACUUCUCUAUCAUGCGUGACCCCGUAGCGCUGGCCGAGUCGUCCUAUGCAUAUUACAAAGCUGUCGCCCCCGCCUUCAAGAAGGCCAAAGGCCUGGGAGACUUCGCCGACAACCCCAGGAAGUACUACGACCCCCGUCUCCGUAACAACCACUACGCCCGCAAUCUGCUCUGGUUCGACUUCGGCCUGGACCACAACGCCAACUUCUCGACCACACUGGCCCGACGAGGCGAGGCGGCCGUCCGACGCGCCUUCAAACUCAUCCUGGUCUCUGAGCACUUUGACCAAUCCAUGGUCUUGCUGCGCCAUGCCCUCUGCUGGCCGCUGGACGCCAUCGUCUCCUUCAGUCUCAACGCCCGCCAGCAGAAGCCCAGCGGAGGCAGCUCCUGGGUGGGUAAAGCGGCUGCUGCGCAGCCCCCCGCCCUGGCUCUAACAGACGACCAACGUCUAAAGCUCCGCGAGUGGAAUGCCCUGGACUGGCACCUCUACCAGGCCUUCAACCGCUCCUUCUGGAACGAGGUGGAUCGCUUCGGGAGAACCAGGAUGGACCAGGAGGUCGCUCUUCUCCGUACCCGCCGGGAUGUGCUGGCCCGGGCCUGCCUGAGGGACGGCGGGAGACCUGUGGAGGCCAGCCGCAUCCGCGACAAGACCAUCAGGCCCUUCCAGAGCGGCUUGGUGAAGAUCCUGGGAUAUGAGCUCCAGCCUGGGCUGGACAAUGCUACUCAUCAGUCCUGUCUGAGGAUGAUCAGGCCAGAGAUCCAGUAUAAGGACCUGCUGGACGCCAGGCAGUUCCCCAGGGCUGCUCCCCAGGCUGCCCAAGCCCAGGCCCCGGCUAUCCCUGCUGGGGGAGACUACGUGAGGAAAGACCCUUCUUCCCAACUCAGGACAGGAGAGCUGGGGGUGGGGGAAGGAGGAGGAGUAGGAGGGGGGACGGGGGAGGACAGGAGUCGGUUAUCUCGUAGUAAUAAUAAUAAUAAUAACCAGACAUUGCUACGAGACGGAGGAGGGAAAGGGAAGAUAAAAUAGUUUUCCAUCCAGAAUUCACUACCUUGAGAGAGUGGAUAAGACUAUUGCUGACUGAGCCUGUGUACUCUUACUCAAGCACUCGUUGAGUAUUUCUAUUACUAAAGUACUCAAGAGACUUGUUGGAAAAAAUACCCAUUCUCCCUCCAACCCACCUCUACUUUACUGUACAUUCUCUUCUGGCUGAUCUUAGGACUUGUUAUGACUCUAUUUCGUGUUCACACGGACUUUAUGAUUGCUGUGGAUGUGGUUCAAUGGGACUUGAAAUGGAAUUGCAUUGCGUUCAGUGGGCCAGCUGUCGUUCAAAAAGUCUGCUUCUCUGAUCCGAGAAAGUUACAUUUGGUGGUCCAACUGCUACGUUCAACAUAGUCUCCUGCACGAUCAAGAACUCAGCCAGUCAGUUUUUGUUUUUCGAAAAAAAUAACUAGGCUAUUACCUUUCUUGAACGCUAACACUGACGGCAUAUAUGAUAUGACAGCAGCCAGGCAGCCAGCCAUAGCCACAUACUGGGAGAGGAAUGAUUCCCACCUGAUGUGAGUUGCAUGUUCUGACUGAGAAUAGGAAUAGGAAUAGAAUCCAUCGCUUUGAACGCAGUGUGUCCGGUGUAGAAAAUGUGGUCCACAUGAAGCAGUAGAGGCAGAUGAGGGAAGGACGGCUCAUAAUGGCUGGAAUUACAACGAAAGCAUCAGUAUCAAACACAUGAUACCGUUCUAUUCGUUCCAUUCCAGCUAUUACAAUGAGCCUGUCCUCCAAUUUAAAGCGACACCAGCCUCCACUGAUACGAAGCCAGCAUUGGAGAGCAGUGAGUCUCAGAAUAGGCUUAACUGUGAUGUCUCCAAGAUGGGAGUUAGGAGCGAAAACUCUUAAGUUAACACAUGGUACUUUGAUAAGGACCGACGUGUACAGCAGUAAUGUACUGUAUCUGAACUGAAGCACUGUGGUUGAAUGGAUAGCUAGCAUGUCUGACUUUGAACCUUUUAGUGUGGCUUUCAAUAGAUAUAGUAAUAUUGGUCCACAGUUUUUCCCUGACUCAAUGCGGGUGUUAAAUGCGAGCUACACAGCAAAUGGGCCAGUGUUACCUAGUGUUGAUUUUUCAGUGUAACAUUUCUAGUGUUGAUUCAGGUGUUAAGUUAACACUAUUUGGUGUAAAUGAACCCCAGUGUUGGUGUUAAUAACCAGUGUUAAACUAAAACGACGUCCAUCAUUAUCAUAUUUCUGAUAUCUUAGUCUUCCCAACCCAGCAGUCAUUCUGAAUGCAGGUGAAUAAGAAUUUAAAAUGUUGGAUAUACCAGUCUGUCUGGAUUCCAAUAGGAAUUACUCAUCACAUCACUCAUCAUAAUGUGACUUGCAGGCCUGAAAACCAUGAGUUUCAGGCCACUGUAUUGGGCUAAAACAAGGCCCUCAAAAUAAGGCCUUAUUAAAAACUUGUUGUAUUGUGUUAAAUAAUAAAGUUUUAAUGUUAAUAUAUUCCCUAAGGAUCUCACUAAAUGGAUGAAUGCAACAACCAUGUCUCUGUCACAAAACAAUACAGUUAUAGGUGGUAAAACUACAAUUCACUCAAAAGGCAAGGCACUCUGGGAAAUAUGGAAAUAAGGCUGUACACUAAGCAGUGUGCUAAUUUAACACUGCAAAGUGUGGACCGGUAUAGACACUGGACCAGUGGCCUCAAAUUAAUUUGUGGGAAAGCCAACCCCAAUGUGAGGUGGUCAUUCACUGAAAUUGUCCAGUCUAAAUAGUGCUGUUUCCUUUUCCUUAUUGGCCAAUGGCCAUCUACCGAAAUAAACUUGAUCAAUAAAGUUGAUAAAUGGCUGCGAAAAGUUGCCAUCUAUCGACAUAUAUGUAGUAUACCCAUGUUCAUUGAGGUUUGUCUGUUAGAAAAGCGCAAACAGUACAUGUCACCGCGGUUGUUGUCCCACUUCCAUUGAUUUCAAUACAAUAUCGAUGUGAGCGAUUAAUUUGCGCUUGAUAAUGCGUACAGUAAAACAAGCUAAUCAAUUCCAGUCUUGAGUGACAGCUUGGUAAAUGUUGGUCUGUGUGCAGUUCAUAAGGUACUUAUUUAGCAGUCAUCUGAACACAAGUGUGACACAUAUGUAGGGAGUAUCUUUUAUGUAUUGGUCUUCAAAAUAUCACAACGUAUUUCAACAUAUUGAUUAUGAAUUUGGACAUCUAAAACCAGUUCGGCCAUGAGUCAAAAAGCCAUGACAACAGGAAGCAGCAACAGUAUAAUUUUCAAUGUAUGUUUUAGGAAUAUAAAUGGUACUUUUAACAUUAUUUUUCAGGAUUAUACAUUAUCAGGUAAAAGCAAUUAAAUGAACCCAAAAACAUGCUAUGAUUUAUUGAUUUUGAUGAUAUUAGUGGAAUUGUGAAAAUAUGUUUGUUCUGGCUAUAAACAUAUACUGUACAUCA